GCUGCACUGAAGAAGCCAUUCCGCUUCGUAAACGUUUCUUUCGAUGCAGGAAACUGUCACUUUGCGCACUAGUUGCACAAAUAACUAUUUCAAUUAAUAUAUCUCUUAAUAAUAUUAUUACUGUAGCGGAGCACGAGUGACGAACUAUAAUCAAUUUUAUAAGUUGCCGGGUGAAGUGUGAACAAACUUGCCUUCUGGGCACUAUAGCAACUAUAGUUCCAAAAAGCGACACCGUAUUCAGAUAGCGUCUACUUCGCCUUCGCUUCGCGGCUUCUACAACUUCCAAUUUUCUAUUCUAGAUUCUAGGUAUGGAUGUUUGUGCUGUGAACACGAUUAUUUUAACGAAAUUGCAACAAGUUUAAAUAUCAUAUCAAUAAAAUGCUUGAGUUCUCUAUAGUUGAUACUGUUUUAUCAUUAUAGGCCAACAACCACAUUAAAUUUAGGUGUAUAUUUGUGUAUGUUUCGGUUUUUGUACAACUUAUCCAGAUUUUAACUGUAACAUAACCUACAGUUUUUUAUAGCUAGAAGUUUACAAGUGUUUUUUUUCUUAGUUAUUUAAUAGUGGUGCUUAAAACUUUUUAUAAUGGAUAACCAAUUGAGACAGAAUCCUACAGAAUAUUAUCGUCUCACUCAAAGAGAGCAUGAGGUGAAUUCAUUUGCAUCCAUCGUGACAACAUUUAGAGGAAGUGGCGAACUGACUACUGAGAAGAGGGAAAUGUUGAAAAAAUUACAAUCUAUGCUCAAUAUAUCGGAUGAGCGGUAUGAUGCCGAAAUGCGCCGGGUUGCCAAUGAUGAUUUCCUCAAUAGAAUUGCAUACGAAACUACCGGUCGAUACGUGACUAGUGAAUCUUGGGCAGAUGAAGGCAGACGGUUGAUUCCCAUAAUUCCUCGGGCACCGCCCCAGACCAAUUCGUGGCACUUGGCUAAUGACUGCCUCAGACUGUAUUUGAUGGGUAGUCUGCCCACUACCACAGUCAGAUCACGCAUCAUCGAGGCUGACAGCGACUUUGAAGACCGUGAUGCACAACAAAGGUACAACAUAUUUUUGAAUGUUAUGCGAAGACGACAGGAGAAUGGUGGAGCAAGUGAUGAUGAGAUUCCAACGGUAAGAAGAGCUCGACCAUCUGCAACGGCAACUGCAACGGCAACUGCAACGGCAACGGCAACUGCAACGGCAACGGCAACUGCAACUGCAACGGCAAGUGCUACUUCUGAUGUAACUUCAUCGGCAAGUGCAACUUUUGAUGCAACUUCAUCGGCAAGUGCAACUUCUGAUGCAACUGAAACGGCAAGUGCAACUGUAACUGUAGAUGCAACAGAAAAUGCCGCCAUAUGGAAUGGAGCCUCCGAAACUGCAACUGAUGAACCGGCUGCUGUUAGAACGUCCAGUCCUUUGCCAGGAAACUCCCAAGCUGAUGAUUGCAGCAACUGGCGGCAGCGAUUAUAUGAACUAAGACCCUCCUUAUUUGGCAUAUCUGAUUGUCAAUCCCCGUGGUCAAGGCAAGUUCUGAAUGCGAGACGUCGCAUGCUUGCUGGAGGUCAGCAGAGGCUCGACGACAGCGAGAUGAGUGAAAGUGAUAGUUACGAUAUUGUCGAGCCGCCUCCUGAAAUCCAGUCGCGUCAUCUGUCAGGCCAGCCCAUGCCAGCUCAUCCAUCACUGUGGUCAAGUGAUGAAGGGGGUGAUGAAGCUGUAAUGGGGGGCAGCACCUUUGAUGGCAACAACUCAAACGGCACCCUUGCAGAUGCUGCGUCGCUGCCCUCAUUCGAGGUGGCUGAAAACGGAAAUGAAGCAGACCAACAGAACAAUGAUAACAGUUCAACAAGUGACAGUUCUUCCAAUAGCAGUACCAACAGUCAGUUCGGGAACGAUGCCAUUCAGUUGUAUGAAUCUAAUUCUAGUGACUCAGACAGUAGUGAUGGUGAAGAGGCAGUUGCCAAUCAUCAAGACAAUCCUGGUCAUCAGAACAAUCCAGGUUUUCAUAACAAUCCAGGCCAUCACAACAAUCCUGGACAUCAUAACAAUCCUGGACAUCAUAACAAUCCUGGCAAUCAUAAUAAUCCUGGACAUCAUGACAAUCCAGGUCACCACAACAAUCCUGGGCAUCACAACAAUCCUGGACAUCACAACAAUCCUGGACAUCAUAACAAUCCUGGACAUCAUAACAAUCCUGGCCAUCACAACAAUCCUGGGCAUCAUAACAAUCCUGGGCAUCAUAACAAUCCUGGACAUCAUGGCAAUCCUGAACAUCACUAUCCGGGUCAUCAUGAUAAUCCGGGUCAUCAUGACAAUCCUGGCCAUCAUGAUAAUCCUGGGCAUCUUAACAAUCCUGAUCAUCAUGAUAAUCCUGGGCAUCACUACAAUCCUGGCAAUCAUAAUAAUCUUGGCCAUCAUAAAAAUUCUGACCAUCAUAACAUUCCUGGUCAUCAUGUCAAUCCUGGGCAUGACAACAAUCCUGUACAUCAUAAUCAGGGCAAUCAUAAUAAUCCUGAAAGUCAAGGUAGCCUUGCAAGUCCAGAAAAUGUGGAUUCAGAAAGAAAUGUAGCCAGCAAAAAAUAUGCACUGAAUUGCAGCUCGAGCAAUAGCGAAUCUAUGAGUGUCAAUGCAGAUGACCAACAAGACGUGGAAAUGAAGUCAAAACCAGACAGUCCAGCAACAAAUCCUAGUCAAUUGGAAAAUGUCGACCAACUACAAGAGGUACGUUUGUUUACUUGGUUUUUAGGCUAUAAAGUAAAUUCAUUUUCAACCUGGGGCUUGUUUCAUGAAAACUUAAAAAUGAUCUAAUUGAGAAAUAGGCGU